UAAUAAAGUCACCAAUGAAAACUCUAUAACCAAUAAUUUUUUGUUGCCCAUAUUAUAUACACACACAACCAACUACUCACCAAUCUUUGUUGUAUGCGAAUAGAGUAGACCUGCAGAUUGAGAUCAUGAACAACUCCACCACUACACCCGCCGCCGCCACCAUCAGUCAAGGCUCCCCUCAGUCUUCUCCGGCGAUUCCAUCUCACAGCUCCGGUGACUCCGCCCUCACCCCCAUCCUCUCUGUACUGGCCUUCAUACUAAUCCCCAUCUUGAUUUACGUCGUGAUUUUCUCCAUAAGAUGCCCUCGCAACCCUUUCCGAAGCGCCGACGAGCCCUCCAAGGACCCAAAGACCAAGAAACAACGCCCGGAAUUGAUUUCGACGGUGAAGUACAAGAGAGAGUCGCCGGAGAAUGAGAGCGAGUGCUCGGUGUGCUUAUCGGCGUUCGUCGACGGAGAAGAAAUCAGCGAGCUAAAUGAUUGUAAGCAUACGUUUCACGCCAAGUGUAUUGACACGUGGCUCCGUUCUCACUCCACGUGUCCGAUUUGCCGGAAUUCUUUGCCGGUGAAGCGUUCGCGGCGGCCUCCGAUCAAGAACGAUGACGACCUCCGACAAGGUUUGCCUGACGCUUCUAAUUUGGUUUGAUAAUUAGGCAGCUUUGACCAAAUAGUGGUGGCCCCAUGACACGUGUCUUUUGCCACAAUUGGGGCGGCAAAAUGAAAGGAAUUUUUUGUAUGAAAAUUUGUUAUUUUUCUCUAGUAAUUUCUAUUUCUUAUGUGACAAUAAACUUUUUCUUUUUUUUUUUGGGUUUAUGAGUUAAUUGGUCCUAUUUGAGUUAAAGAAAACAUCUACUUGAUACAUGCUAUCUCCAAGCAAUUAUUAUACGAUGUACCAUGAUCCACUUUGUAUGGUGAAUUACUGAUGUAAAAUUUAUUUUAAUAUAUUGAAUAUUCAUUUCUUGUGUA